AUGCAUCCCAGUACACUGAAGCGAAGAAGAACCGGGUCCUCUGAAGAAGAAGAUGACUCCGUUCCUCCAAUCGUCGACCUAUUUUUACCCGAACAUGUUUGGAAGCUAAUUCUACAAAACAUAAAGAGCUCGAGUAAAUUGUUGCAGCUCCGUAAGACGACUAAACUCUUCUGUUCGUUGAUAAAUGAUCAAUUGAAUUCUAAAAGAUAUUGGGAAAAACUUUGUUACGAUCGGAGGAUAAUCCCGUGGCACGCAACUUUGAAGAAUACAUUCCUUGAUUAUUUAGAGGAAAAUGAUUCACUUGAUGAGUUUAAUGCCGAUCAAAAUAACUGGAAGAUCAUGUAUCUUUCCUACGAAAAAUGGGAGAAUAUUAUUAAAUCAAAAGGAUCGCAUAAAGUUAUUAAGAUAAUUAAUUCUCCGAAGAAUUUAAAAUACACUUUUAUCACCAGCGUGGCGGGAUGUAUCGGCAUGAUUUUUAACAAAAGAAUUAUUAAAGUAGCUCUUCCAAUCGAAAACAGGCUAAAAGUUAUUAACUUUAACUUACCGGAGAGUCGACGAGGUUAUUGUGUUCAAGAAAUAGGCUUCUGGAAUGUUGAAGAAACGAUUAUUGUCUAUGCUAAAUUGGAAGAUAGAUCUAUAUGUUUCUGGAAAGCAGGAAGUUCUAGACAUAUAUUAUAUGACGAAGAAUCAUUAGGAAAUAUUUUCUGCGCUGACAAUGAUAUUUUGAUGAAUGUGAAUGACAAUAUAACACGGCUGACAAAAUAUGAUUAUGAUGAUCAAUACGGUUCGAUUGUUCAGCAAUUAGUGGACAUUAUCGGACAACCAAAUGAUAUAAAAAUCCCCGAACGCAGAUCAUUGCCAUACAUAAUUUAUGAAAGUACACCAUUUGACCUGGAAAUAUCUGAUUAUGUGAGGAGACCUUAUAUAUGUCACAUUCCGAUUAGUGAUGUCUUGUUAAUAGCCGACGCCAAAAACUUGUGGAUGCUCUACCGAACUGAAGUCUUCAACCAAGUUAAAUGGAAUUUGACUCAGGGUAGUUGCAAAAGGACCAUAACUUCCUUGACAAUGUUCUGCAAUACUGUAAUUAUCGGGUUCGAUAAUGGAUCGAUUCAGCUGAUACAGUUAUACGACUAUCAAGACAAAGCAAGUUUUGUUAGAAGUCAUACCAUGAACAUUCGGAUAGACAGUAAAAAUGAACCAAUUGACUUCGUCAAAGUUGAUCGGGUUAAUAAUGAACAAGAUUGUAUCAUGAUCGGUACUAAAUCUUCGCUAAAAUAUCUAACCUUCUAG